AUGUCUUCUCGACAGAAUGUCAUUCCUAGCAUCGACGAGAUAUCAGCAACUGUAUAUUCAACAUUUAGGUUUCAGCCUUGCCCUUGGCAGAUCCGUUCUGCACGGGCUCAGCUAGAGGCAAAAGAUGUCAUUACUAUUUCUCCUACAGGCUCAGGAAAAACAUUGUGCUUCUGGAUCCCUCUGCUCUUCCACAACAGAGUCAUGAUCCUUAUUACACCACUCAACAUCCUUGGGGACAAAAAUGUGGAUGAGCUAAAAGACAUCAAUAUCCCUGCUAUUUGUCUGAAAGCCAAAUCAGCCACUGACAAAGCGUUCAAAGAUAUUGCAGCUGCAAAAUAUAGAGUUAUUAUUGUAAGCCCCGAGCGUGUUUUAUCAGACAAGCGCUUUGAUAUUCUGUGGGCAAACUGA